UUCCUUAAAAACUUCCCAUCACUAAGCCUAUCUUCAUCCUAUCAUUAAGCAUUUGUAUCUUUUAUGAAUUCUAACUCUUAAGCAACACCAGUAAUUAAGUUUGCCAAUCCAUAAGUUAUGGAGUUAUCAUGUACUUUGGAUUUGAGCAUUUGAAGAACUUUAGGUAGUGUUUAAUUCACACCAUGGAGAAGUAGCAGGGAGAAGGGAGGAAGCUUCUUGACAAUGCAAAAUAUUAUUCAAAUGAAGGGAAGAGCAGAUGUAGCUUAGCUUCUGGACUAUCUGAUUAUGGAGAGUUUUAUAAUUUGGAAGCUUUGGCAUAUUUGUUGUGAACUUGGCCUCUAUUCAGAUAUUCAAUUUCUGUCCAUAAUUUGAAAUAUUUGCCUUCUCCUAGGGCCAUCCAAUGCCAGGAGGUACUGACUGAUUCAAAAUUCAUCACAUUCCAAUAUCCAAAUAGACGGAGUGCAUCCAAUUCUAAGAAGAUUGAACUUCUCAAGUAUGUUUUCUUAAACCUCAGCUUCUUUAAAAACUUCCCUUCCAUCACUAAGUUAUCCUCACCAUGGCCAUAUCAGUAAGCAUUUCUAUCUUUUUAUCAAUUCAGACUUCAAACCAACACCUGAAACCAAAUUUGUCAAUCUAUACAGUAAUCCCUGAAUGUUCCAAUUUUUUUGCAGUGUGAUACAUGAGGAAUACUUUUAGCUUAUGUGAGAAUGAUCCAAUUAUCCAAAGAUCGAUCUAUUGAUUUCACAUAUUUAGAGAUGAUUCCAGAGCUUAGCCUUAAACUCAUUGUCACCCUGUAAAUUGAAGCAGAAGAAGGAAUUAUAUUGUACAUGACUUUAAGUUUUGCAGAACUUAGCCUUAAACUCAGUGUGACUCUGUAAAUUGAAGCAGAAGAUGGAAUAACAUCAUAUAUGACUUCAAGUGCACACGCAUGGAACCAGAAGUAGUAACAGAUUCACACCAUAGAGCAGUAGCAUGAGGAAGAAAAGGAAACCUCUUGACAAAGCAAAAGCAGCUACAUUUGUGCAGAUUUCAGCUGUCAGUGCAUUGUUUCUUGCUUGAGUAUCACAGCUUCAUUUCCAAUUAUCGAAAACCACAUUCUUUCUAAAAGAGAGUUUAAGGAUGAGCAGACUUGUGCUGGACACUUGCAUGAUAUUUGUUUUGGAUGGUACCAUCUUCACUAGUAGGUAGGUCAACUUAGAAAGCUUAAUUUACAUAUUAGUUUCUAAUAAGCUCAACAGAAAAGUUCAAUUAUUGUAAUGCAAUUUUACGGUUUUACCAGUUACUUUGCAUUGGUAAUGCAGGAGUCUUAACUCAUCUAAUACAACAAGGGAUGAUUAUGUUUCUCUCUGCACUUUGAUUACGCUAUAUAGACUUACAACAUGACAAUGGAAGCUACAUUUCAAUCUCUUUAAAGAUUCCUCAGGUUUAUGAGAAUGCCAGUCACAUUCACUAAUGCUGUCUGCCUCACUCUCACACAUUUUGGUUGUGAUCUUGAUGACAUAGAAUUAUAUGGGCGUUGUGGGCUGCAAUAGGAGGACCAUUAGAAUUUUAUUCUGUAUGUAACCUAGCCACUUACCAUUGUGGGUUGAGUUUUGAUAUAAGAUUUGUUGAACUGGGGAGCUUCAAUAGAAGGUUGAGUGUAAAGAAGAAUUCUCAGAUGCUUGCUUGUUCUUGAUCUUCACAUAGUGAAAUAUUUUCCAAAACUCUUUCAGUGCAUAUGAAAUUGUUUGUUUUUUCUUUGAUUAUCUCUCUUCUCGUAUCUAAUUGCCAUGUCCUGCCACGUCUUAAACACAAUCUGUGAUGCUGGACUCGAUCUUAGAUCAACAACCCGAGUUUUGUCCUCAACAAAAAGACCAGUACGUGUUGGAUGUUUUAGUUAAUGUCCAAUAAGAGAUGCUGCUUGUAAUGCUUUUUGAUGCACAAAGGCUUUCAGGAAUCAUAUUAACUUCUUGCCAAGAAAUAAGCAAAAACAUAAGAACUCAGAAAUGUAAUUAGAAAAAGCAUAGGGCUCGAUCCACUGGCUGUUAUAAGGUUACAUCUUUAAUUUGAAACUCAACCAUUGAAGAAUUCUGGUAACUCAUAC